GAGCUGAACAAGAAGAUAUCUACCUGGUAAUAACCAAAUAUUAUCUGGCUAAACAAACUUUGAGAUGUUUUUUCACCCCUCAUCUCACCAUCUUUAUAAUUACUUUUAAUUUAUCUACCUGUCAGAAUACUCGCUGCUCAUCUGACAGAAUACCUACCAUCUCGUAGGGGGUCAAGUGUUCUCAAUACAUCAACUAUUCAUCGCCACGGAAAACAUGAGUUCUUGUGUUUACGAACAUGCCUCUUCAGGAAUAGUCACCGUAAUUGUAGGUCCAGAGGGAAGACCAUUCUUCUUCCACGAGAGUCUCCUCUGCCAAAAAUCUCCCUGGUUCCGUUUGCAACUCGAGAACCAAAUGACCGAAGAUUAUGACUAUGAUUCCGCUAAUGAACUCUCACCCAUCGAAUCAUCCUUCCAACACUUCCAACACUUUCAACAAAUUCAAGGAAAAGUAAUAUACCGCUACGAAGAUGACAUUCAUACAUUCAAUCAGUUUUUCAGUUGGAUGUACGGACCCAUGUACCCGCUACCUCGACGUGAUCCAGAAAACUAUUCUACCUCGACACAUAUAUCAGAAUGGAUAAUGCUCCACCAACUAGCCGUUGAAAUGGGAGUGAUGGACUUGGCACAUCAAGCUUUUUCCGAGUACGUUCUUUGUAGAGACACUCUACGGACAGGAUAUUGGAUGCCCCUUCCCGCAGAAAUCCAAUUUAUAUAUCAAAACCGAGCAACAACAUAUGAUUUACGCAGUCUGAUCGUGUUAAAGAUGCGGCGUCUUUAUUUUUCAACUGGGUUUGAAGGAUUGCAAAGAGAACUGUCUGAUAUUUGCGGUUGUCAUCCUGAGUUUCACACCGAUGUUUAUGUAGAGUUACAAAGACAUUCGGAACAAAUAACGCAGUGUGACCAUGCGGACUGCGCUAUUCAUAGCCCGCAAACUGCAACUGCUGAUACCUUGUACAUUCCAACUACCAGCCACUUCCAAAAUCCAGAAUCUCCCUUGGAAGUCGAGCCACCUCCUACCUCUUCCUCUGAGUAUCUAGAUAACAUCUCUAAUCUUGAUCUGAACAGCUCACCACCUUAUUUAUCCGAUUGCGAUACGACAUCCACAGGAGAAAAGGAUGCAAACUCCGAGCAAGCGAGAAGCGAAGCAAUGGCUGAAUAUUAUGAGAGUAGGAAUACAUUGAUGUCUUUUGAUGUGGGGAGCGGAAGGUCGAUUUUGAAUUAGCGAGACGGUUGGGUGUUGAAAUGAUAUUGAGAAAAUUACAUUGAUAUUUUGGUUAGAUGAUGAUGACGACGACGAUGAUGUUGAUGGAAGCUAGUGUGUAGUCUAUUCAUAUUUUGGACUAGUUCUGGAAACAGGGGCGGUUAUUGUGGAUACAACCAAAUGGGGUUGAAUAUUCGCGCAUCGGGAUGAAGUAGAAAAUUGACACAACGGCGCUAUCUAAGAGCGGAAGACGGGAAUCGGAAUUUUUUGAAUAUCUUUAAAAGUA